AUGUCAGAAGAUGAUUUUGAUAAAUCAUUUUCAACUUUAAUCUCAAAAUUAGGUCAUCCUGUUGAAGAAAUUCGUCUUCGUGCACUUGAAAAUCUUCAAGCUAAACUUGAUUUAAAAAUUAUUUCUGAUAUUGAUAUACUUCAAUAUAAAUAUUUAUAUAUUAAAUUACUUGAAUGGUUUAAUUUUUCAUCAGCAUCGAAACGCGAUAUUGUACUUGAUAUAAUUUUAAAACUUUCGAAAAAUGAAUCAGCAGCAUAUAAUCUACAUUCAAUUGGUGCUGUGGAUUUUUUUAAUGCACUUCGAAUUGAUUUAACACCUGAACUUGAACGUCGUGUUGAUCAAAUUCUUGAAAAUAUUCUUUCACAACAUUUUAUUACACAAUCAACAUCAAAUCUUAGUCGAUCAAAUUCAUCAUCAUGUCAACUUGUACGAUCAAAUAUUCAUAUAGAUUCAAGAAAUUCAACAAUGUUUCAAUCACCUACAAUUAAUUUAAGUCAACAACAAACAGAUUUAUCAUUUCAUCAACAUGAUAGAACUAAUUCUAUAGUACAAAAUUUUUCAAAUCAAUCAAGCAUGAAAGGAAUAUUAAAAACAACUACUGCACCAUCGAUUUGUAAUCUAUUGUCGACAACAACUGAAGAUAAUCAAAAUGGAUCAACAUGUCAAUUUAUAACAUUAUUUCCAUUAAUUCAUUUAACACAAUCAGAUCGAACUGUUCUUACAAAUUUAGAAAAUGCUCUUUUAUCACGAGAUGAUCCUUCAAUUGUUAUUAGUCAUUGUCAUUUUUUAUCAAAUGUUGUUCUUAAUGAUUUUCCUGCAGAACUUUUCUUACAAAGAUCAUUUAUUAUUAAACGUUUACUUGCUUUAUUAAAUGAAAAUAAUGAUGAUCUUACUAAAGCAUCACUUUCAUGUUUGAAAGAUUACUCAAUAAAUUUACAAAGACGAAUUAAAAUUCUUCGAGAUCCAGCUUGUUUUUGUCCAAAUUAUAAUUCAUAUUUAGAUGGAGUAAAAGAACAAAUUCUUGAAGAUUUUAAUAAUACUAUGACAAGUGCACGAUCUGUUUCUUCAAUUAGUUCAGCAACAUCAAAUGGUUAUCGUCAUCCAUCACAAUGGUCUUUAAAAUAUGAUGAAUCUUGUACUCAAUUAGAUCAAUCAUCAUCACCAUCAUCAUCAUUUGAUAUAUUGGAUUUUUGUUAUGCAAUAUUACUUGGAACAUUAGAUUUAUUACGUCGAUUAACAGUAAAAGAUUGUCUUCAUACAUGUUUACAAUUAAAUAAUUCUAUAUGUCAUAUUAUUGAUUUAUUUGUUAAACAUAAUUAUGGAACAAUGAAUUUUGAAUAUUAUUCUGUACUAUUUUAUCGUUUACAUUCAUUAAUUAAACAACAAUUAACAAUUGGUUAUACAUUUCAAAGUCGAACAAUAUAUAUUCAUAGUUUACAUAUUUUUUCAACACUUUUACAUACAAUAGAAUGGUCAGAUGAAAUUGUUAAUCAAUUACCACAAGAAUUUAAUGAAUUAAUUUAUUAUAUUUUAAUGGAUGAAUGUUUUCAUUUAUCAUAUCCACAUAUACAAGAAUGUUUAUUACCAAUAGCUGAAAAAUUUGAUAAAGAUAAUUAUCAAGUUUAUAUGAAAUCAAAUGAAGUUUGUUGUUCAUUUUCAGCUGCUUGUCAAAUUUUAACAAUUGAUGAAAAUAAAACGCAAAAUUUUAUGAAUAUUGUGAAAAAUGCUAAUGAAGCUUUAUUAGGUUUACUUUAUCAUUUAAAUUUUAAUGUUAUUAAACGUUUUGUUAAUAUUUGUUCAAAAAUUUCAACAGAUAAUUCGAAAUAUGAUUUGUCGGAAAAGAAUUUUUCACUUGAUGUUUUAAUUAAAUAUAUGACACAUGAAUUAGCUGAAAUACGUACAGCUGUUUAUUGUUCUAUAGCAAUGCUUGUUGCAAGUCGUUUAUCUGUUGAAGAAACAGUUAAAACAACUAAUAAAUUAAAGAAAAAACCAACUAUAGCUGCAAAUUUUGAUGAUACACAAUUUGUAUGUAAUAUUCGAAUAAUGACUGAAUUAUGUAUUAAUGGUAUGAAUGAUUUAGCAACAAAAGUUUCAGAUUAUUCUCGAUUAAUUCUUCUUCAUCUUCUUCAAUCAAAAUUAUUAGUAUCAAAUGAAUAUUGGCAUAAUCUUAUGACAAUUAUUGCUAUACUUUUACCACAAUUACAAUGUUAUGCUAAUAAAAUUGAUCCACUUGGUCAAUGUAUUUUAGUUUUAACAUCAGAUACUGAACGAGAAAAUGAAUCUUUAUUAACAUUAAAUCAACGUUUACAAGCAUCACUUCGAUAUUUAUUUUCAAAAGAUAAAGAUGUUCGAAAAACAGGUUAUCGUCAAUGUGUUGGUUAUUUAUUAUCAAAUACUCGUAUAAGACUUGAUGAUUUUUAUCAAUUUUAUCCAGCUGAUAAAUUAUUUGAUUUAUUUAUAACUGCACAACCAACAAAGAAUGCAGAAAUUUUAACAAAAGAAUAUGUUAAUGUUGAAAAUUUUCUUCGUGUUUAUACAAUAUUUACUGAUCGAAAUAAAAUUGAAGCAAAUGUUCGUAAAUCAGCACUUGAACAAAUGUCAAUGAUGUUAGAUGAUCCAUCAUUACAUUCAUCAUUUCUUAAUCAUGGUGGUUUAGAAAGAAUUCUUGAAGAAUUAAAAUUAAAUUUAAAACGUGAUGAUAUUGUUUGUUCAACGGAUUAUACUUCAACUGUUCCAGCAUGUACAAAAAUAAUUCGAUUAUUAAUACAAUAUAAUAGAAAUUUACAAAAGAAAUUUUCAUUAGAUAAUGAUUUACUUAAACUUUUAUUUAAAUUAACUGUUUGUUGUUAUAAUGAUCUUGAAAUCGUUUCAAAUUUAACUCAUACAUUUAUAUUACUUCUUUUUGAUCGAACAUUACAUAUGAAUACAUUAACAGAUCAAGAAUUUCAACAACAAACAUUUUCUAUUGAUUUUCUUUUAGUUAAAAAUUUUCAAUUUCCAAUUCGUAUUCCAAUUCAAACAUCAACUUCAUCAAUAAUAACAACAGCACUUAAUCGUCCUGAUCCAUUACGAGAACCAAUUGUUCAACAAAAAUUUCGUUUUAUUUGGAAUACAUUAUGGCAUGGAAAUGUUCAACAAUUAGAUCAUGAUAUGGAUACAAUAUCAUUUAAUAAUGAUGAACAAGUCGAAUUUCAAACUAGUAUGAUAUUAAAUGAAAAUGAUCGAAAAUGUUUUUCAUUAACAUAUACACGACGAACUAUUCGUCUUCAAUUAAAUUUAUUAAAUGAAUCAAAUAAUCAUGAAUCAGUUAUUGAAACAUUAAAUGCAAUAAGAUGUCUUCUUUUACUUGUUACACAUGACAAUGUCCAUUUAAUUGAUUUUAAUCAAUUAGGAGCAAUACUUGAUAAAUAUUUCAAAGUAGUUCCAACAUCAUGUCAAGAUGAAAAACUUCUUCAAUCAAUAUUCGAACUUCUUGAACAAAUUUCUUAUGGUUUACAUCUAUCAAUAAAAAAUGAUGAUCAUCAAUUUUUCAAUUGGUUUAAACAUAUAUUAUUAAAUCCUUUUAUAUCUUUACUUGCAUCAAAUAAAGAUUUUGUUGAAAUGCGACAAACAAAAAGAGAUUUAUUAAAAAAAUUAUUUCGAUUUUUAUCAUCAUUUUAUUCACAUUCAAUUAUAUCAUCGGAAUUUUUUACUGAUAAACUUUUUUCAAAUAUUUUAACUUAUGUUAAACAAAGUAAUAGUCAUACAUUUUCAAAAUUAACAUUAAUAACUGGUGCAACAGAUGUUUUACAUCAUAUUACAUUAAAAUCGAAAUGGUUUGUUAUAUUUAAUAAUGAAUAUCUUCAACAAAUGGCUGAUCUAUUGAUUGCUGUUAUUGAAACUUUUCAUGAAGGAAGAAAAGAAGCAUCAUCAGGAUUUAUGGCUCAUGCUGUAAUACGUGCAUCAUCUCAGACUUUAUUAAAUAUAAUAUUAGCAUUAAAAAGUACACUUUCAACAUCAAAUCGUCGACAAGAAAUGUCUCUUUUACAAGAAUGGCUUGAAACAUCAAGAACAUCUUUUGAUUGGUUAAGAAAUUUAUGGUUUUAUACAGAUAUUGAAAUUCGUAUAACAUCUUAUGCAUUAACAGGAAUUUUUAUUGCUGAUGAAUUUGGUCGUGAUAUAUUAUUUUCAUCACAAAAUAAACUUGAAGAAGCACAAUUACUUGCAAUUAUUCUUGAUGAAAAUGAAUGUAGUUUUGUUAAAGAACAAGUAUGUAAUGUAUUAAUUAAUUUAACUUAUACAUUAAUUGAUGAUGAAGUUAAAUUAGCAACAGGAAAUUCAAUUGUUACUCUUCCAGAAUUAAUAUCUGCUAUAAAUGAUUGUGAUUUUAUGCAAAGAAUUGGUUCAAGUGUUUUUUCAAAUUUAUAUCCAUUUGUUGCACUUGAUUUAGAUGCACUUCGAAUGAAUCAAACAACAUCAUCACCUGUUUCACCUUUAUUUCUUGGAAAUUUAUGUUCAUUUUUAUUUAAUUUAAAUAUACUUGGAAUUAAUAAUGAUACAAUGGAUUUAAUUAAAUUACUUCUUUCUUUUCUUGAUGUUCGUCCAUUAGAAUCAGAAAUAAAUAAAAAUGUAACACCACAUGAAUAUCAUUUAUUUCUUGAUAAUAUGUUUUAUAUGUAUACAAAAAUUGCUCAAUAUUUACGACUUAUUUUUGAAUCAAAUAUUGAUAUAAUAAAUGAAAUAUUUAAUAAUGAAAAUUUAAUUCAAAUAAUAACUCUUCUUGCUUAUUUUCCUGAAAAUAAUUAUAAUCGAUCGGAAAAUUUUUGGCAAACAAAAAUUAAUCUUGCUCAUUUAAUUAUUCAUAUUUUACUUCAACAAUCUUCAUCAUUACAUCAAUUAACAAAUAAUACAAUUGUUCAAUUUGCAUCAGAACUUUUUAGCAUUCUUACUUUACCAUUACAAACAAUGAUUAAUGGUUCGAUUAGUGUUGCUAUAUCUAUUAUAUUACAAUUAUUAUCAUUAUCAAUAGCACAAUGUACAGUUGAUCAAGAAAGAGAAAUAUGGAAAAUUUUUUUCGAUCAAACAUCAAAUAAAAAUGGAAUAAAAAUUUUUAAUCAAUUAUUAUUAAUUUAUGAAAAUCGACUUAAUACAGAAUCAAAUGAUACAUUGAAAUUAACUGUAUCAAAUAUGAUUAAAUCAUUAUUAAAUAUUAGUAUAAUAGCUAAACAAGAAGCAAUCGAAAAAGGUUUUAUUGAAUCACAAAUAGAUCAUCUUAAACGUAUUCAAACAAAAUUAACACUUUUCUCACUUCAAUCUGAUAAAUGUGUGAGUAAAGAUGAUAUAUUAAUUGAUGAAUGUAUUCAAGUAUUAUCUAUUCUUAAUAAUUUAUCAUUCGAUUGUUCAUCUGCUAAAGAUAUUCUUUCUUCAAGUGGUUUAAUUCCAUUUCUUCAUCAACUUUGGUGUUGGGCUAUUGUCGAUGUUCAAUUAUUAAAUGUUCUUCUUCUUCUUCUGACAACACUUACUGCCAAACAUCGAAAAGGUUGUGUUAGUGUAUGUAGUACAAUUCUUCCAUCAGCAAAUUCAUUUGUUGUUCAAACAUCUGAUCAACAACGUCCAUUAUCGAAUUUACUUUCUUAUGUUGUUCGUCUUAUAACAAAAGCAUCAUUAUUAUCUGUAGCUAAUAAUAAUUCUCCUAGUAAAAAUCAAACAAUUGAAAUGGCAUUUGAUGUUAUACAAAAUUGUUCACUUGAAAUUGAAGGACGAAGUAUUAUGUAUAAAUCAAAUUUUUUUCAAAUAUGUAUUGAUCAUUUUGAACGUGUAUCACGUGAUAUUAAUCGAUAUGAUAGACGUUUUCUUGAUGUUAUUAUUAAUAUAUCAUUUUUUACUGAUGGACAAACUAGUUUACUUAAAAGUCCUGAAAUAUUUGCUAUUAUAAUUCGUCUUGCUCAAUCAUCAUCAUCUUCUAUUUUACAACGUCAAGCUCUUCUAAUUCUUCGAAAUUUAGCCUUUUCUUCUACUCAUAAAGCGAGAAUUGUAGCUGAACUUAAAUAUAUUCCAACGAUAAUGUCACAUGUUGUCUCAAAAACGUCAGAUAUAGCUUAUAUUGGAUUAACUGCUUUAUGGGCACUUAUUGUCGAUGCUCAAAAAGGCAAAGUAGCUGUUCGAAGUAGUAAUGUAUUACCGGCUUUGUUCGAUGUCAAAACUCAACAACGAAAUAAAGAAAAUCUUUUAUGCUAUCAUGCAGUAUCAAAUGUUAUUCAACUAUUAACAGAAGAUUAA